AUGGUCUUCUUGCCUCCAAAGCAUCUCGGCCCGCUCGGGCAUGUUCCUGACAACAUUCCCAUCAGCGAGUUCAUGCUCAAUGAACAGCAUGGGCGCGUGCCACAUGCUGCGUCUAAGGACCCCUAUACCUGCGGUCUCAGCGGCAAGACAUACUCAUCGAACGAUGUCGUCGAUCGAGUGGAUUUCAUUGCGCGUGGCCUGGCGAAGGAGUUUGGCUGGACACCGAAUCAGGGGUCUGAAUGGGAUAAGACGGUGGCGGUCUUCUCCGUGAACACGAUCGACGCAUUACCGUUUUUCUGGGCGGUUCAUCGGCUUGGUGGGAUUAUCACGCCCGCCAACGCAGCAUACUCGGCGGACGAGUUGCGGCACCAGCUGGUCGACUCUGGGGCAAAGGUCCUAUUCACAUGUGCUCCAUUGCUGCCGGCUGCAUUGGAGGCUGCGACCAAAGUUGGCCUUCCCAAGGAAAAGAUCUACUUGCUGGAUGUGCCAGGACAGAUCCUCGGAGGUGUCAACCCCCCGACAGGGUACAAAUCCGUCUCCCAGAUUGCGCGGGCGGGAAGAUCUCUCCCGGCUUUGGAGCCUCUGAACUGGGGCCCCGGCGAGGGUGCCCGACGGACUGCUUUUUUGUGUUAUUCGAGUGGAACCUCUGGACUGCCCAAAGGGGUAAUGAUUUCACACCGAAAUGUCAUCGCCAACACGCUACAGAUCACCGCCUUUGAGAAGACCUGGCGCGAGUCGAAUAAUCUUCCCGGAGCCAAGACUCCUUUCACUGAUGUCUCCCUCGGCCUUCUGCCCCAGAGCCACAUCUAUGCUCUGGUGGUUAUCUGCCAUGCCGGGGCUUACCGCGGCGAUCAAACGAUUAUCCUCCCCAAGUUCGAGCUGAAGACGUACCUGGCCUCUAUACAACGUUACAAGAUCACUUCGCUAUUCCUGGUUCCUCCGAUCAUCAUCAAUAUGCUGCGCAGUCAUGAAGUCUGCUCCAAGUACGAUUUGAGCUCCAUCCGCACUCUCUUCACUGGUGCAGCGCCGCUGGGCAUGGAAACGGCUGCCGAUUUCCAGAAACUGUACCCCAACGUGAUCAUCCGGCAAGGCUAUGGUCUAACGGAAACAUGCACUGUGGUCAGCUCAAGUCAUCCUAAAGAUAUCUGGCUCGGUUCAUCCGGCAUACUCCUCCCCGGCUUCGAGGCCAAGAUCGUGACGCCGGAGGGCAAAGAGAUCACUGCAUAUGAUACGCCCGGCGAGCUUGUCACCCGCAGCCCGAGCGUGGUGAUCGGGUACUUGAACAACGAGAAGGCAAACAAGGAGACCUUUGAAGACGGAUGGAUGCGCACAGGAGACGAAGCGGUGGUUCGCGUCAGCCCCAAUGGCACCGAGCACAUCUUCAUCGUCGACCGCAUUAAGGAACUGAUCAAGGUCAAGGGCAUGCAAGUCGCACCUGCCGAGCUGGAAGCCCACCUCCUCACGCACCCGGCCGUCGCAGACUGCGCUGUUAUCGCCGUGCCGGAUGAGGCUGCAGGCGAAGUACCCAAGGCCAUUGUCGUUAAGUCGGCCUCGGGAGGCGAUGACGAGGCUGCUAUUCAAGCGAUAAAGAAACACGUCGAAGACCACAAGGCGCGACACAAGUGGCUCAAGGGUGGUGUGAGGUUUGUCGAUGCCGUUCCUAAGAGCCCAAGUGGUAAGAUCUUGCGCCGAUUGCUACGAGACCAAGAAAAGGAGGAGCGGAGGAAGGCCGGGGUCAAGCUGUGA